UUCAAAAAUUUAAAUUAAUUUAUUUAAUUUUUUCUGCUUCAAAUAUUCAAAUAAUGACAACAAUGGAGAUUGAUCAGAUUUUGGGAAACGACACAAUUAUUGGAGAAGGAGGAGAUGGUGGACAAAAAACAACAACAACCUCCACUAACAACAACAAAAAGAAGAGCAACAACCUUUUUGAACUUGUUCAAAAAGAGAACGAGCAAAUUAAAGAAGUUAUUAAAAAAACUCACGAUUUUAUUCGUGAAGCUAUUGUAGAUCAAUCAAAAGAAGUAGUAAAAGAAAUUUUACAACAAGUAAAUCCACGUUUUAUGGAGAUUGAGAACUCCAUUUUAGAAUUAAAAAAUGCAGUUCAAACUUUAUCCGCGGAAAGCGAGGCUUCCUCUGAUUCUGUUUCUGUUAUGGGUCCGGAAGAGGAGGAAGUUGUUGGAGAGCCUAUAAUUAAUGAGGAACAACAACAAAAUGCUCAACAACAAGUUCUUAUAGAAAAUCAACAAAAUAACCGUAUUGAUGCGAGAGAUGGGCCACAAAACCGCCGUGAGGCGAGAGGACGUGGAAAUGACCGCGGGCGACCGCGAGGCGGCCGUAGUGCCAUAGAUGCUCGAUUGUUUUUCCUCUUGCGCCAAUUAGAGCGUGAGAGAGCAAAUGAACGUUUCAGCCCAUAUCGUCAUAGCCGUGGCGGAUAUGGAGGUGGAAGUAAUGGUAAUGGACAUCGUCGUGACUACUAUCGUCGUGGAUACUAA